AUGAAUGAGAUGGUUGAGAAAAAGACUAGGUGGUGGCAUGUUAGAGAUGGAAAAAGGAAAAGGACACCUAAGUCAUCCCCUGCGGUUGUUAUUCCUAAAGAAGGAGAAAAGGGGUCUUCUGGAGAGCCGCAGAAAAAGCUAGUGGAUGAAACAGUUCUAGAGCCAUCUGUGGUGAUUGAACAAGGUGCUGAUUUGUUAAAGAAAUCUUUGGAAAGCUUUCUGAAAAAGAAUGAAGAAGUUGCAGCUCAACAAGCUCAAGAAACAAGUGUUCAUUCUGAAAAGGUUACAAAGGCUCAACCAGAAAAAGAAGCUUUAAGGAGUUCAAGUGAUGAAGACUCUGAAGCUACUCAAUCUGAAUCUGAAUUAAUUCCUGAAACUGUUGAUGAAGAAGAUUCUCCUUACGAUCUAGAAAAGUCAAAGAGACAGAGAAAGAAAAGAAAGUCAGCUCCAGUGGGUGUAAUUCCCAGAAACGUCAGAUCAAAGAAAUCAGGAGCUGAGUCACAGAAAGAUAAGGAAGGAAAGGCAGCUCAACAUGUUCAGAAAGAAAAAUCACCAAGUGUUGAUGUUCCAAAAGAACCAGAGGUGAAAACAAAAGAAGUUCCAGUUGUGGAAACAGAAAAGAAGACAGAUGAUGAUGAUUAUGUAGAGAUCACCGGAUUCAGAGCUGCUAGUCCAAAACCUGCUCAACAAGAGAUUCCUCAGUCAUCACGGCAGAAAGUAGAAGACUUUAAUUUUGAUUUUGAUAAUAUUGGGUCGGCUACUGGUAUUUUCUCUGAAGAUAUGCCUGAAGGUGAAAGUGACAUGUUUAAUGAUCAAGCAGUUAAAGAUUUAACAAAAAGAGUUAAAGAACUGGAAAAAGAGAAAGCAAUAGCUGAGGAAGAACGUAAUAUGCUGAGAAGGGAAAUUGAUGAAUUGAUGGAAGCUCAUAAUAAAAUAGUUGCAGCGUUGGUUGAGAAGGAGAAAAGAAUGAAUCAGAUGAAGGAUGAGGCCGAGGGUAAUUCUAAAGUAAUUGAGUUAUUAACACAAGAGAUAUCUUCUUUGAAUGCCAAGUCAAAGGAUCUGGAGAAUGUCAAUCAAACGUUAAAUUAG